UUGCUUUUUGUUCCGGUGUGUUUCAUUCGUUUCUUGCCCUUCGUCGAGCUCCCUUGUGCAUGAUGGAGUUUGAUUUUACAUGCGUUGUGUCUCAUCGUGCUGCCGUUGAUACUGCUUUGUGGAUUUUCGAAGUUAUAGCGUAUCACAAGCCUCAUUUGCUCUUCCGAAGAUUUCUUCCCACUGAUCGAGAACUGUUCUUCAAUUCCUAUCGGCCAUCGAUGAGUGUUGAAAAUUGUCCUCCUCUUGACUUCGGGUUCCGACGAGUCAGUUCCACCGACCGCUAUUAUGUUCAGUUUCCAGGUUAUGCUCGCUACCGCGACAUUUACCCGGUCCGGUUUGCACGAUUGCUCUGGUGGCUCGAGUCUGGUGAGGAUAUCUAUCACCGCAACUGUCGUUCAUCGCUCUUCUUCAAUGAACAAUUGCAGGAAGAAUUCCAUCACUCAGUGGCAAUGCAGAACGUACACCGUCUUCUCCGUCGGCUUUUGAUUGGCACCGAUCUUAUGCUGGUUAGUUCCUUGUAUUUCCAGUAGAAUACACAACU